AGUGCUUAAGACCGGACUCGAAUAAGACGGUCUUAUACGAGGCCUUAAGAUGGCGUUUGGUUCCAUAGACGUCAAACAAGACGGUCUUGAGACGCGGCAAAUAAGACGGUCUUCAUCAAGUCGGUCUUAUUCGAAGCGUGCUUACAAGGUUGCAUAGUCCAGUCUUAUUUGAAAUAAGCAUGGUCUUGAGCACGCAACGUUUCAUAGUCAAUUAACGCAGUCUUAUUUACGUAUCUUGAUCAAGUCGAGUUCGGACUGCACUUAAGCAAAUGCUUGUUGCCUAAAUAUUACUCAAUUGUUCUGAUGCGUACGAAAUUGAUAAUUACGAAUUGUUUGGAAAAUAUUAUAUUCGAACAAUAUAAAUUAACAGGAAUAGAUUGUGAAGGAAUGUUUGGGAAAGUGCAGCUGGGACGGGAUUAUUUACUGUAAAAGGGUAGCAACGGAAACUUGCAAUUGAAAUAGAGGUUAUGAGAGCAUUCGCUUUGAAUAAUUUGUGAAGUGAAGUGAAUAGUGAAAUUCUAUUGACAUGGCGAAUAUGCAAGAUAUGUUUAAUUUCUACGAUCAGAUCGAAGAAAUGAAUAAUAUGAUUGAGGUGGUUGCAAUGGUCAACGUUGGGCCGAAUGACGAAGACGAGGGUGAAGUACAGCGAGCUCCGAAGAGAUACAUCAGAGAUGGUCAAAACCCGUUCGAGUUUUAUUCCGAGCAGGAGUUCAAACGGCGAUUCCGAUUUUCAAAGGACGGUAUUAUGUACGGAAUACUACCUAGAAUACUACUACCUCGAAGCUGCCUUAGUCAGUGCCAAUAAUCGUGGUCUACCAAUUCCACCUGUCAUGCAAUUAUUAAUAUGUCUACGAUUUUAGGCUACCGCUAGCUUUCAACUCGUCAACGGAGAUCUGAUGACUAUAUCGCAGUCUACAGUAUCGAGGAUAAUACACAGAGUAUCGGCUCAAAUUGCAUCAUUGAUUCACGCAAUUAUCAAAAUUCCUAGUACGGAAGCUGCUAUGAUCGCAAACAGAGAUCUAUUCAGACAACUUGGUGCACGCAGGGAGGGUAUCGGUUUACCUGGCGUUGAUGGCGCUAUCGACUGCACUCACAUUCGAUUAUGUCAUACGAAAUUUGCAGACCUGCAGGAGGUUUAUAGGAAUCGUAAGGGAUAUUUUUCCCUCAACGUACAGGCAGUUGUCGGACCCAAUAUGGAAUUCUUGGAUGUGGUUCCGAAAUGGCCUGGAAGUAACCAUGACAGUCGAAUAUUCCAAAAUUCACGAAUUUACAUGCGGUAUCAUGAGAGACAACUUACUGGAACCCUGGUUGGAGAUGCCGGCUAUCCGUGCUUGCCAUUUCUGCUGACUCCGCUGGCAAAUCCAAUUACAGAUGUUCAACAAAGGUAUAACAACGUACAAAGCAGAACAAGGCAAAUUUUCGAAAGAACAUUUGGAGUUUGGAAGCGACGUUUUCCUUGCCUAUCCCGAGGUUUGGGAACCAAAUUGUUGUGCUCUACCACAAUUGUUGUAGCUUGUGCCGUACUACACAAUUUAUCACUAACAUUGGAUAAUGCUCUUCCGGAAGAUAAUCGCAUCGAAGAAGAAGAAGCGGAUGAAUUGCCACCUCAAGCACCGCAUUGGCAGCCUGGAGAGGGUUUUGCAAUACGCGAAGCUCUAAUCGAACGGUUAUUCAUUUAAUCAAAAUAUAUGUAUAUCAAGUUAAUUUAAUUGUGAAGACUAAUUGAUUUUAGAAUGAAUAUACUCCAAAUAUUUAAUAAAA